UCCUCCUGUCCUCGCUCCUGCUGCUCUGGAUACAGUUAGCACUUUGUGUUCAACUGUGUGAACUGACGAACCACAGACCGCUUUGGUAAUCCAGCAUCAUGACUUCGGUGAACUUGUUUGGCUGGAAGUGGAGGCCGGUGCUGAGCGCCCUACUUAUUUGUUUCAUAAUCUCCGAUUUAGCUUAUUGUCAUAAAGAUGCCCAAGAGCGGAAGAGUCCAGGGAGGAAGGCCAAGUCCAGCAAACCUAAAGUGGGGAAAGCAGCACACAAAGAACCCCAUGCAGUAAAAACCAAACCAAAGGUGAAAGCUCCAGUGCAGGCCCAAACCUUGCUUACGCAGGUAAUAAGCAGAGGAAGGUUCACCAAGGUGGGAGAGACUUUAAGCGUUCAGGCCGGAGACACUCUUGAGCUGAGGUGCAGGGGUAAACCUGUGAAGUGGGGCGUCCCUUCAUACUUGGAGGAGGACGAUGAGGGCAGGCUGAGGAUGGUCCAGAAUGAGCGAUACGGCGUUCUGACACUAGUCAAUAGCACAGGUGCUGACACAGGGGAGUACACUUGCUACUCUAUGUUCUGUGAGGGCACAGACUGCCGAAAAGACUACGACAAAGCUGGCAAAGUCUUUGUUUUCUUCACCGACCCACAGGAGCUUUUUGUCCCGUCAUCGGACUACUACAAGGUAAUUCAGCUGAGAACCAACUGGCCGACGCGCCUCCCUUGCCAGGUGACCUCACCGGAAGCCAAGGUGACGCUGCACCGCGAGUACCCACCAGUGGAGGUGGCAGUGGACGGGACAGAGAUCUCCUUCGACGUCAAGAAAGGCUUCACCAUCCAUCGACCUCGACCGUAUCAUGCUGGGGCUUUGUACUGUGUGGCCAGCCUGGGGGGCCUGAGGCAGAGCUCCACCAAGUACAUGCUCAUCUAUGUCAACUACCCAAUGGCCCCCCCUGCCCCAGUCAUCCAAGCCAAUGCGAGCUCAGUGGCUACUGGUGACAAUCUACGUGUCAGCUGCACUGUGAUGGGAGAGCGGGAUGUGGCAGUGGAUAUCACAUGGGAGUACCCCGGACAGGAGAUCGGGAGGCCUCUGUACACACGAGAGAGCAUCAGCCCACUGGAUGGAGGUUCAGCAAGACACCAGACUCAGUCUAUCCUCCUCGUGGACGAGGUGAGGGACGUGGACCAAGGAACAUACACCUGCACUGCUGAGAACCUGCAAGGAUCCAAAUCAGUGUCCACCACUGUCAAAGUUAAACCUCGAAAACCAUAAGAUGUACCGCUUAACUUCACCGACGUUGAUGUCUGUGCUGCUUUUGUAUCUAAAAGUAUUUCCUGUCUGGACAUACAGGAAUACCAACUGAAAAAUAAUAGCAAUAAUGUCGUUUUUCCCUCUGAAAUGUACGUUAAACAUUGUGUAUUACAAGUUUGUAUAUGAAAUAGUUUUUUUAGACACACAUGGGGGUGUUGUUCUCAUCUUAUUUUCUGCAAUUUUGCUUGAAUCAUUAAAUUAUAUUCAACUUUUAUGAGUAAGAUGUCAUUAAAACAAUUGGAUUAUUUUUUUUUUAUCCUUACUGUGAAGUAGAGAGAUCGGUAAUUGGACAGUGACAGACUUUUCAUCAUUUUAGCACGUGA